AUGGCUAAAAAGAUAGGAUCGAGAGAAGCGAGCGAGCGCGAAGAGCAGGUCCUCAGCGACGACGACGAUGAGGACGACGACGAGGACGACGACGACGAAGCAGAAGAGAAAGAAGACGAGAAGAAGCUAAUCAACCCCAGGCAGGCAGCAGAGAGAUCGCAUCGACCGGAAGCCCACUCGCGAUCCCUUAAUCCCCUGGCAUACGAGGUUUUGAAUACCGUGGAGGGCGGGAAGAGGAAGAAGCGAUACAAGGGACGAGGGGGCCGUCAAAAGCAAUAA